AAAUGCAAAAUCCAACAGAGUGCUCUAUCUUGUCUCUGGAUUUAGUUAUGGCACCUAAACUUUCAUCCAUGUUGUCAUUAAUCAUACUCCUCUUUCUCUUCCUGUCACCCAUCUCAUCUCAUGCAACAUCGUCGCCCUCAUCAAAUGGUGAAAAACCAUCACCAUUUGGGUUUAUCAAGGGUCUUCAGGGAUGUCACAAGGGGGACGAGGUAAACGGCAUCCAAAAGCUCAAGAAAUACCUUGAACAGUUUGGUUACUUGAGCUAUAGCCGUUCCAAAAACCAAACCCAUGCCGACGAUGAUGAUUUUGAUGAUCUUUUAGAGUCUGCCAUCAAAACCUAUCAGGCCAAUUACCAUCUCGAGGCCACUGGAGAUUUGGAUUCUGAAACAGUGUCAGAGAUGGUGAAGCCUCGCUGUGGUGUAGCAGAUAUCAUCAAUGGCACAAACUGGAUGCUGUCGGGAAAGAAAAGGCAGUACCAUGGCCAUGGCCAUGGCUCCCUCCGUACAGUAGCUCACUAUUCCUUCUUCCCAAGAUCCCCAAGAUGGCCACCUUCCAAGACCUAUCUCACCUAUGCAUUUCUCCCCGGCACCCCAAACUGGGCCAUGAGCCCUGUGUCGCGAGCAUACGGCCAAUGGGAUUCUGCAACACACUUCACAUUUGGGUGGAUUCAAGACUACACAAGCUCCGACAUGACAAUUAGUUUUCAUAGGCUUGAUCAUGGAGAUGGUUCCCCAUUUGAUGGCCCUGGUGGAAUCAUAGCUCAUGCUUUUGCCCCAACCAAUGGAAGAUUUCAUUAUGAUGGGGAUGAGACAUGGUCAAUAGGUGCAGUUCCUAAUGCAAUGGACUUGGAGACUGUGGCCUUGCAUGAAAUAGGUCAUCUUCUAGGACUUGGGCAUAGUUCAGUUCAGAAUGCAAUCAUGUUUCCCUCCAUUAGCACUGGAGUGACUAAGGGUUUGCAUGAGGAUGACAUUCAAGGAAUUAGAGCUCUCUACAACCGUUGAAGACUUAAAAAAUGGAACUGGAAAGUUCAGUUAUGAUGCCUAUUGAUAUAUUACUGCAGUGUGUUCUCCUUGUAUGAAAUAAGUGCCAUGCAUGCUGCUCUGCACUGGCCAUAAUGUAUUUUCAGAAUAAUACUCUAAUAUCAGAGUUUAUCUUUGUGGUACUGA